AUGCGCCGCAAAGCCCCCCGCAGAUCCAGCAUCGACGCCGUCCCCAUCCUGCCCUCGGGAACACGACACUUGAGCGCAGCCCAGCUAACGCUUCAGCGAAUCCACGAUCAGACUUCGGGGAGCAUAGCAAAAAAAGAUGACUCUAGGGGAGACAUCAUCACCGGUAUCCCUGCAAAGGGCAAACCCCGUCUGCUGCUCAUGGGCCAACGAAGGAGCGGAAAGUCUUCCAUUUCCAGCGUCGUAUUUCACAAACUGCCUCCAAAUGAGACACUAUUUCUAGAGUCUACGGCAAGAAUACAAAAAGACUCGAUGGCCUCAUUCAUGGAAUUUCAAGUGUGGGACUUUCCUGGACAGAUUGAUGUCUUUGAAACACCAAACUUCGACAUGGAGGCCAUUUUUGGCGAAAUUGGAGCCCUCAUCUGGGUCAUUGAUGCUCAAGAUGACUAUCUGGAAGCAGUCGCGCGGCUAAACACCACAAUCCUGGCUCUGCAAGGAAACUACCCCAACAUCAACAUUGAAGUCUUUAUCCACAAAGUCGAUGGGCUCUCAGAUGACUACAAGCUCGAUAUUCAGCGCGACAUUACCAUUCGCAUCCAAGACGAACUGUCGGACCACGGCUUCGAGAACGCGCCCGUCACCUUUCACCUCACCUCCAUAUACAACCACUCCAUCUUUGAGGCCUUUAGCAAGGUCAUCCAGAAGCUCAUCCCGCGGCUGGGCACGCUCGAGGCCAUGCUGACCAACCUGUGCCGCACGUGCCGCUUCGAAAAGGCUUACCUCUUUGAUGUCAUGUCUAAGAUUUACAUUGCCACCGACAGCUCCACGGCCGACAUGGCCAGCUACGAAAUCUGUAGCGACUACAUUGACGUUAUCAUUGACAUCACCGAGGUCUAUGGCACCUGGCAGCGCAGCGACGAGAGCCGCAAGAAGCUCGAGGGCGAACCCCUCAACAUGAAGCUCGAGGACCAGGUAGGCUGCGCCACCGCGGAGAGUUGUCUUGUGCUGCACGACAGCAACAAGCCCAUUAUGCUGCGCGAGGUCGACAGGUACCUCGCCCUCGUGGCCAUCAUGACGGAUGACUCCUACGAAAAGAUGCCGCUGGUGAAUAUGAAUGUUGAGACGGUCGUCGAGGGCAUCACUGAGUUUUUCAAGAUUACAAAGGCCAAACCUCAGGGCCAGCAGCAGUAA